AAGAACUGCCCCAAACACUAAGGUCUAAGGAGAACACGGACACAGAGAUAUUUUGCAUGAGUUUAAACUUCAAAAUAGUGACAUAGUUUUUCAAUAAUAUGGAUUUUGAUAGUUAAACAUAACACCUCUUCUUAUAAAACAAAUAAUUUUAAAUAUAAUAAUAAUAUCAUUAUGGACUUCCAAAAAGAAAUUUUUGAUGUUAUGUUUGGACUGGGUGAAUGUAAUGCAUACCCAGAAACGGUCAUAUCCGUGCAGUCUAUUCUAUGCAAACAAAUAGCAAUGUUAUUUGUUCAAGCAGAAUCUAUUGCUCGCAUUCGAGCAAGUGAUGAAAUAUGUGUUAUAGAUUUGGUUUUCAUACUAAGGAAAUAUAAAUAUACAUUGAACAAGAUGGUACAUUAUUAUAAACAAAGAGAAGGAAUAAAUUCAUCACAUUCAGAAAAUAUUGAAACACCUGCAGAUAAUGAAAGGCCGUUUAAAAAACCAAAAUUAAGUGAUUGUUUCAGUUCAGACAAAAUAAGUAAUGAUAUUUUACCUGCAGUAAACAAUGUUAGUUUGGAUUCAAGUUCCAAUAUAUCAUGUUCUAAAAGUACUGUUGAUACAACAGACACUGAGAUUUUAAACCCUUAUGCUGUUGAAAAAGGACAUACUAUUUAUCACAAUAUUAUUGAUGCCCUUAAAGAAUUGGACAUAGACCUAACAGACUUUGAUGAACAAAUUGUUAAUGCUCAUAACUCUUGGGCAUGUAAAACAGUAGGUGCCAUGAUGAAAUGUGAACCAGAAUUAUCUGAACACUACCAAAAAUGUAAAUCAAUGUCAUUCUAUGAUUUUGAGUUUGUAAAAAAGAUACUUGAAAAUAUGGACUGUCAUAUAAGUUAUGAAAUUUAUGCAUAUGAUAUAUUACACUUCUUAGCAAAGGAAACACUUUCGUGUUUAAUAUUUCGCAUCCAUCAAAAUAGGCAAAAAAAAAAAUCUACAUUAGGGGAGCCGUCAAGCAUUGAAGAAAUUGAUAACAUUCUGGCUACUAAAAUAGAAAACCGAAUAACAGUUGAUGAAGUAUUAGAAAUAACAAAUGAAAUUUGGUGUCCAUUGUAUGAAAAAAAAGAAAAUGUAGCAAUGCUUCCUAAUUAUUAUUUUAAAGGCUGAACCAGUGAUCCAAAGUAAUCUGAAAACAGAUUUGAAUUCGCCAUGAUUCAUGAAGUUUACUUAUGGUUGGUCAGGGUACUUUUUUGAUAUCUUAUUACUACUAUGUAUAAGACACAUUUGAACAUUAUAUGAAAUUUCAAACUUUAAAAUCAAAUUUUGAAAGGGUUCAAAUUAAAAAUUAAAAAUGUGUUUUGACUGAAAAAACCGACCGCAGGGGAUUGCCCCUUAAUUUAAAAAGUUAUUAAAAUACAUAUAUCAUUUUAAAAGCUAAGUUCAUAAUGUCUUAACACACAAGGGAUGGUUUUUUUUGUUGAAAAAUAUAUCAAUUUGUGCUAACUAAUAACUAUACAUGUAUGAUUUAUGAAUAAGAAUAAUUAAAAAAUAAGUAAAUUAUCUUUUAAAAUAUUGACAGGGACCACGGUUACAGUUAACCAAUCACCCUGUACAACAAAACUUCUCAUCUGUGCUAAAAUAUAUAGGUUUUAAAUAAUAAAAAGCAAUUACUACAAGUUAUUAUUUAUUGGUCAAACUUUUUUUUCAAAAAAAAAGAUACAUUUAUGUCAAAAGCAGAGAAAAAAUGAAAAU